CACUUCGGAGGAUGCAAGCUGCCGUUAAACUCGACUGAAGAAGAAGAAGAAGAGCGUUUUAAUACGUCUGUAUCGACUUUUGUUUUGGUUAGUACGCCCAGCUUUGCGGACCAACUUCUUUGUGGUCUGAUGCUGCUGCGCCACCUCCACCCUUGUUACGCAUGACACGUAGCACCAAUCAGUGUUGAGACCCCGGAUUGUUUGCCGCGCUUGGCUCACAGAGAAAACGAGAAGUGUUCUUCACGUGGAUUUCAUCCAAAUGGCAGAGAAGUGGCAGCCGCAGUGUGGCGUCGAGUUAGAGCCGAAUCAGUUUUACUGCGCGGUAUGAUGUCUGGACCUGCUCAAAGAUCCCGUCACCAUCCAGUGUGGACACACUUACUGCAGAAGCUGUAUCGAGGGAUGCUGGGACCAGGAAAAUGAGAAGGGAACGUACAGCUGUCCUCAGUGUAGGGAGGCCUUCAGCCCAAGGCCUGUCCUCGGGAGGAACAACAUGCUGGCUGAGGUUGUAGAGAAGCUGAAGAGGACAGUAACCCAACAGGCCCGUCCAGCUUCUCCUCUUGCUCCUGCAGGACCAACAGACAUUGCCUGUGAUUUCUGUUGUGGGACCAAAAGAAACAAAGCCAGCAUGUCUUGCCUGACUUGCUUGGCAUCGUACUGUCCUGCACAUCUUGAGCCUCACCACAGUUUUCCUGUGCUGAAGCUUCACCAGCUGGUGUCUGCUACAGUGCCACUUAAGGAAAAAAUGUGCACAAAGCACAACAAGCUGAUGGAGGUUUACUGUAAAACUGAUCGAAGGUGUAUCUGCUAUUUGUGCACCAUGGAUGAUCACAGGCGCCACUCAACAGUGUCAGCUGAAGCAGAAAGAGCUGCUGAGCAGGUAAAACUUGGUAAGAUCCAGAGUGCAGUCAAGCGGAGAUUCCAGGAGAGACAAGAGGAGCUGAAUGAGCUGGUCAAAGCUGUGAAGGACUUUGAGAUUUGUUGUCAGACUGCUGUGAAGUCCAAUGACAGGCUCUUUGACAAGCUGACCUCCUCCAUCCAAAAACGACGUGCUUUAAUGAAGGAGUUGAUUGAAGCUCGGAGGAAAACUGCAAUAGCUGAGGCAGAAGAUCUGCAGAUGCAGCUGGAGGAGGAGAUAGCCAAGCUGAGGAGAAGAGAUGCUGAUGUGGAGCAGCUUUCUCACACAGCUGACCAUAUUCAUUUCAUUCAGAUCUUCCAGUCUCUCUCAAUCUCAUGUGAAUCGCCAGACCUGCCAAGAGGUGCUAUUAUUCGUCCUAAACAUUCGAUGAAAACGGUGACUGACUAUGUGUCUGACCUGACAUAUGACAUGAAAAACCUUCUGGAGACCACAUGGCCUGAGAUCUCUGCAACAGUGGCUGUUACAGAUGUUGUGCUGCCACCUGUGCCAAAGACCAGGGGAGAGUUAUUGCGCU